GGCUCUACAGGAGAGCCUGCGCGCUCCAGUCCGGUCCGGCAGGUCCACACCGCGCUGGGAGCCCGCGUUUGAGCUCGGUGGGUGGGGCACCGACCGCCGGAAAGGUGUGCAGGGGAGGCGGUGGCAAAAAUGUGCGCGAGUCGGGGGCCGGCGAUCGGGACUCCCGCGCGGCCCCCGACCGGCUGGGCGACCUUGGGGGAGCAGACUCCGUCUCUGGGCCAAGGUGUGGAGCCCGCGUCCACCUGUCCGUCCGUCUUCCUCCCUCUUUUCCUGCCGGCUUUUGCCAGCACCAUAGGGGAAUGCUGUCCUUGCUGCUCUGCGUCGUGUCCAUCGCUCUUCCACGUAUUAUCAGAGCAGAUGCUUGCAAGGACGUGAGUGUGCAGGAUGAGAUGGCUUCAGUAGGCCAGCCUACAGCUUUUAAUUGCAUAUACCCUUUGCCAAUGUCUGGGAAAGUGAAUGUGACGUGGUAUAAAUUUCCUAGCAAAAUCCCAAUAUCCAAAAACAUACGGUCUAGGAUUCACCAGGAGCAAAACUGGAUUUUGUUUCUCCCCUUGAAAGGGGAGGACUCUGGGAUCUACGAAUGUGAUAUAAAUGAUACAAACAUCUGUCACAGAAUACAAGUAAACCUAACUGUGUUUAACAAACACUGGUGUGUUUCUGGACACAGUCAACUGAAUGUAUCAGAUGACUUCAAACAGAUCUUAUAUGUUGGAAAAGAUGACAGUCUUAUAUGUCAUCUGAACUUCCCAAACAGUUUUGUUUUGGAUUCAGUGAAGUGGUAUAAGGACUGUAAAGAGAUUGAAGGAGAGAGGUUUAUUUCUCGGGAAAAAAGGCUUUUAGUGAAGAAUGUCUCGGCAGAGGAUGGAGGGAAAUAUGCCUGUCAAGCCAGACUCACGCACGCAGGGAAACAGCACACGGUUUUAAACAGCAUCACGGUGAAUAUUGCAGAAAAAGUGCAAAACGGAGGACGCAUCCCUAAGAUCAUUUAUCCAAAAAACAAUUCAAUUGAAGUGCGACUUGGCUCCGCCCUCAUCGUGGACUGCAAUAUCACAGACACACGGGACAACACAAACGCCCGCUGCUGGAGGGUCAAUGACACCUUGGUCGACCAUUACUACAACGAGUCCAAACGAAUUCAGGAAGGAAUUGAAGACUACACUGUUUUCCAAGAACAUAUUUUUUACACAGUGAACAUAACGUUCUUAGAAGUGAAAAUGGAAGACUACGGCCGCCCCUUCACCUGCCACGCCGGAGUGUCUGCCGCUUACUUCAUAUUAAAGCCCCCAGUUCCAGAUUUCCGAGCUUACCUGAUAGGAGGACUUCUCGCCCUGACAGGCGCGGCAGUGUCUGCCGUGUGUGUCUACAACAUUUUUAAGAUCGACAUCGUACUUUGGUAUCGAAGUGCCUUCCAUUCUCCAGGGACUGUGGAAGAUGGGAAGCUGUAUGAUGCAUACGUCUUAUACCCCAAGCCUCAAAGAGAAAGCCAGAGCCAUGACGUGGACACACUGGUGCUGAAGAUUCUGCCCGAGGUGCUGGAGAGGCAGUGUGGAUACAAGUUGUUUAUAUUUGGCAGGGAUGAAUUUCCUGGACAAGCUGUGGUCAGUGUCAUUGAUGAGAACAUUAAGUUGUGCAGAAGACUGAUUGUCAUCAUAGUUCCUGAAGCCCUGAGCUUUGACCUGCUAAGGAACAUGUCAGAAGAACAGAUCACCGUCUACAAUGCUCUCAUCCAGGACGGGAUAAAGGUCAUCCUGAUUGAGCUGGAGAAGGUCGAGGACUACACAGCCUUGCCGGAGUCAAUUCAGUACAUCAGGCAGAAGCAUGGGGCCGUCCAGUGGAGCGGGGACUUCACAGAGCAGUCCCAGUGUGCCAAGACCAAGUUCUGGAAAAAAGUCAGAUAUCGCAUGCCACCCAGAAGGUGGCCACCCUCUCCUCCAGUCCAGCUGCUGCAGCACACACCCUGUGACCUCACGGCCAGCAGCAGGGAGGCCAGCGUAGGGGUCCUCACCCCAUGACGGAGAGCUGGUGGUCCUGGGGCAGCUCACAGUUAAACCAGGAUGCAUUGCAGGGGCCGUUCGCUCAAAGCUUGCUGUUGUGUACCUGUGAGAAGACCUGUGUCUGUUUGCUCAUUCUGAUCACAGCUGCUUCUUGAGGGCAUCACCUCUUUGCAAGGCCCUCAUGAACUUACUGGCUCUGAACACUCCUGAACACCCACUGAGCAUGGAGGCUUAGCAUUCGAGCCCCCGAGAGCAGGUGGCACUAUCUCUGGCCAUUUGACUGCCCUCCAGGCAGUAAAAUCUGGACCACAGUGAGUGGGUGGUCUCUGGCUUGCGGCUUGGUGAAAAUUUUGGGAAUCCCAUCCAUUCUGAUUUGGGAAUAUUCCCUCCAGAGGGUAAAGAGAGACAGAGAAGCCCCAGUGUCAGGACAGAGGGCAAGACCCUGGGAUGUGUCCUCUCAAAGGGGGCCCGGUGUGCAUGUGAAUUUCAGAAAAAGGAUUCUGCAGGAUUCCUUGGCGACUAACACUUAUAAAUGAAUGACCACAUACACAGGCCCUCAAUGCAGUCCUAAAGUGUGCAUUUCCACUAGUUUGUACACAUUCUUUAAUAUUUUAUCUCAGCAACUGAACGCAUAGCUAAGCUGCUAAAGAUAAAGACGUGUAAAUAAACCUCAGCGAACUAUUUGCCAUUUUGAAAACCCAGCGAUUCCCAUCUCAUUCUCAAUUUUGUUAUUAGUAGUUUCAGCACUUUCAUUUUUAAUUUCCACUAGUUUUUAAUGAAAUAAUAGGGAUGGAAAAAGGUAAAAAUACAAAUGACUGUGUUAACCCGGCUUUGCGGCUGAAAUGCAGGCUGGCAGGUAAGGACUCAAAAUUCUCAUGUCAGCUGGCGAUGGGCUCGUGUCCAAAUCUGCAGAAGAAAGAAGGUGUCGGUGCCGAUGGAAGUGGACAAAGGCAGGUUAUAGGAGAGCUGAAGGUCAUUGCUACUUUGCUCGUGUUUCAGCAGCUUGGCUUAGACAGAAGCCUUGUCCCUAGUCCUUGGGGAUGGCCCCGGAUCUCCAGGACGAAACCGAGGGGGUGGGGAGUGGCUUGGAGGUAAGGGUGAGAGGUGAAUGGUCCGUGAAGGUGAAAUACAGGUGUUGAGUCCUCCUGUUACCUUUUGGCUCACCUUCCUGUGAAGACUGAGCUGGCGACAAAACCCACGUGACGCUGUGAGUCUGUCCGUGAGAAAGUGAAGGCUGAGUCACAGCUAAUGAAGGUUCCGGGGACGGCUGCUCUUUUCCCAAAAGGUCGCCUGAGAUGAAGACAGACCCGUGAACGCACUUGGCGCCCUCCGUGGCAUGCGAGGAGCUGUCUGGCCAACGCGGGGAGUGGGCAGUGGGGGCCUCCAUCCCUCAGCGCCUUCUGCCCCCCACCAGGCCCCCUGCAGAGACUCAGAGGACUUCCUGCCGCACCUCUUUCCUGCAGUUGACCUUUCCUGUAUUUAUAAACUUUCCUCCAGCACACGCUUGUUUGAUUGAUUUAUCCAGGGUUGUGUCUGGAAAUUUAAGUGGAAAAUUCCUCCCUGGUGUCCUUCUGAGAGUAGAGACUGAUCUAUAGCUAAGUCUGCAGCUUCUGGAAUGAGUGAUGGGGGAGUGACCCUGGCUUUCAAAGCUGCAGGACAUUGGACCAGAACUGCUGGAAGCCACACACCCCAGAUGGAAUCUUGUGGGACCCCUGAUGGGUGGAAACUCUAUGUGUAUCCAUCUCCCCUCCCUUCCGAAACCCAGGUAUCUUCUAAGGGAUCCUGCCAUUUGCCUUGAGAAAACUGAACUCUAGUCCUCCGAGAGAGAGAGCAAGAGAUUGAUUCUUUAUAUGGGAAGGGAAAAUUAGACCUUGUGUUACAGGGAAGAACAAAUCUGACUCCAUAUUGGAUCUGUUUCCUUUGCUUUAACCUCUGUAUUCUAUUGUUUUUGCUAUGAAAUGAUGCCUAUAAGCUUAAAUUAUACAUCAUGCUUCACCUCUGGGAACCCCGCCUCCCAGGUAAUGAGCGUUAAGCUAAAUUACCUUUGUUUAGCUCACAGGAAACGUCCUGACCAGGUCCACCUGGGAACGGCUGCAGGAAGGAGGAAAUGAACACAUCCCCUUGGGGGGCUGAUCAGAACC